AUGGUGUUAUAUGUAUUUAAAGACGCUAAGGUCAAAAGAAUAGUUCUCGCUCUCAAAGUUCUUUGUACUAACAAGGAAGCAGGAAUAGGCUCUUGUAAAUGGAAAGGAGAACUAAACUACUUUCAGAAUCAUCUUGACGAGUGCGAGUUUGUAAAGGUCGAAUGUUCUCAAAAAUGUGGAAAAACAAUGCCACGAUACCAACUCCAUGGCCAUUUUCAUUUGCAUUGUCCUCGUAGCGCUAGAACUUGUUCCUACUGCAAAGUUGACUUCGAAAGGCAACACAUGAGGAAACACGAAAGUACGUGUGGAAAACGUCCCAUCAAGUGUACUUUGAAUUGUGGAGCAAACAUACCACGAGAAGAUAUGCAUAGCCACGUUUCUGAAUCAGGCAACUGUCCUAACACUAUGAUGCCUUGUGUCUUCAAAAACGUUGGUUGUGACAUCACGGUCAAGAGACAGGAGAUAGAUCGGCAUCUAACUGCUGAUGUGGUUCAACAUCAAGUCAAACAGCAACACAUGAUAGACAAAUUGAUCAAUGAAAACAAGAAGCUAAAGCAGAAAUUGGAUUUACAUCUAUUGGCGUCAUCUGAAGAAACAAUGCUGUCUGCUUCUGGUCGCACAAUGAUAAAAUUGUUUGCUAGGCGACCACCUGCAGCUGGUGUUAUUUCUAGCCCCACAUUUCGUGCUCAUCACACUGGAUAUGAAGCAGUGUUGAAGCUCUAUCCCACAGGAACUUGGCAUGCUUAUCUGUUAAAUCGACAACAUUGCUGGAGAGCAGUGCUUACGCCCACAAAAGGCAAUCGAGACGACAAACUAAGGUGGCCUUUCCCAUUCCGUCAUACGAUUACACUACUUGAUCAGCAGACACAUCAAGAUAACAUCAAGACGACAGUAGAUCCUACUACAAUUGAUGAUUUCACUUGGAAGCAUUUUUAUAGGAAACCUGGUACUAUCUCCCGUUAUCUAACAGUGCCACAAUUACGUAAUUUCACGAAGAGUAUGUUUCACGUCCCCGAGUCUCUUCUUCUGAGUGCAAAAUAUAUGAAAAACGACAACAUUGUUAUGGUUGUUGAAGUGGACAGUUAGUUAAUCUAAAAAAACUACAUGCGUACGUCGCUACGUGAUACAUGUAUGGUUGUUUGCAACAUUUUUAUAAAAGCUUGCAGGAAAAUGUAAAAUGUAAAACUGUAAUAGGUCACGUGAUCGUGAUUCUGUCGUAGACUUCUGGCUAGGAUUUGUCAUUUGGUUUACAAAAUGUGAUAAAAAUUACAAAAAUAUA